ACAGAUUCAGUGGUGGAGAGCAAAGAUUCUCACUGGGAAAAGGCAGAAAGGGAAAUUGAUUUUCUUUCUCUCUCAUCACGAAAGAGAAGAAAAAGGUAGAAAUAUAGUGUUUAUUUAAGGGGAGCAGGGGGUACUCUCAUCAGCACUGCCUUCUGCACGUGCUCAGCUCUGCACAACUGUGUUCCCAGAUGGAGAGGAUGCAGGGAGAGGGAGAGGUGGACCACCUGGAGCAACCAAGCCCACUGACUGACAAGGAGAGGGUGAUGAUCCAGGACUCCUGGGCAAAAGUCUACCAGAACUGUGAUGACGUUGGAGUGGCCAUACUAGUCAGGCUGUUUGUGAACUUCCCCUCAUCCAAGCAGUACUUCAGUCAGUUCAAGCACAUCGAGGAGCCGGAGGAGCUGGAGCGGAGUGCUCAGCUUAGGAAGCACGCUCACAGAAUCAUGAAUGCCAUCAAUACACUGGUGGAGAGCCUUGACAACUCAGACAAGGUGGCCUCAGUGCUGAAGCUGGUGGGAAAGGCCCACGCACUUCGACACAAGGUGGAGCCUGUGUACUUCAAGAUCCUGGGUGGUGUGAUACUGGAAGUCCUGGGAGAAGAGUUCCCAGAGGUUGUGACACCAGAGGUGGCCGCAGCGUGGACCAAACUCUUGGCUACGGUUUACUGUGGUAUCACAGCCGUCUAUGAGGAAGUGGGCUGGUCUAAGCUCUCAGCCUCAACCGGGUGAAGUUUUUGGUCUGGUUUUACUGGACCAUGCACACUCAGAGACUUUUUUUUUUUGGCCAGAGCCUCAUAAGAGAGAGGAAUCAGCUGACUGGGAAUACAGUUUAAUGUAUAAUGUAAUAUAAUAAUGGGCUAUGGAACAUAUGGAACAUACACUUUAAUGUAAACAGCAACAAGAACAGGUACCCUUUCUGUGGCUAGAAGUGUGUGUGUGUGUGUGUGUGUGUGUGUGUGUGUGUGUGUGUGUGUGUGUGUGUGUGUGUGUGUGUGUGUGUGUGAGAGAGAGAGAGAGAGAGAGAGAGAGAGAGAGAAGAGAGAGAGACAGAGAGAAAGGGAUGAGGGACAGAAGGUAAAAAAAAAAAAAGAAAGCUCUACUCCUUGUUUUUGUACUCUUGUAAAGGACCAAACCUUUUAAAGGAGAAAGCAAAGAGGAAGUACGAACACAGUACGAAUACGAACACAAACCCAACAGUGGACAAAAGGUCACAUUUGACUUGGAUGUGCCUUCUACCAAAUGUGUAUAUCCAGAAACUGCCAUAUAAAUACAAUUCUUUUUAAAUAUUGUAAUCUUUUCCUGAUAUUUCCUUUUAUCAGUCUGUAUCCACUUGUGUCCCCCUUAUGAGCUAUGAAGAAGACCGGGACAUUUUUACAUUUUUAAUAGUUAAAUGUGAUGAUUGUACUUUUUUUUCAUUAUGACUCACCUUUGUAUCUG